CCUUCUUCAUCUUCUUCUUCUUCAUUUUCUUCUUCUUCACUUGCUUCAUUUGAUAAUCCCCCAAUCUACACACUCUUCACCAUGAAGCUCCUCGCUGUCGUUGCUGCUGCCUCUGCCGCAGGAUUUGUGGCUGCUCAAUCCGGCAUCCCCGAUUGUGUCCUCAAGUGCUCUGAGCAAGCUGCCUCGUCAGCCGGAUGCGGAAGCUUCCUCAACACGACAUGUGUCUGCUCUUCCGCGACCUUCCAAAAUGAUGCUGGCUUGUGUCUCAAAUCGAACUGCUCUUCAAGCGAUCAGUCUAUCGCUUCAGCCCUUCAAUCACAAACCUGCGGUAACGCUAGCGUGACCGGAGGUUCCGUCACUGCUACCAUUGCAUCUGCCACCUCCUCUGUCAACCUCACUUCCAUUGCUGCUGGCCUCACUAGCGCCUCUGCCGUCGCUUCUGGAUCAGCCUCGGCUGCUAUCAGUAGCGUUCUCGCUUCCAUCUCCAGCGCUGCAGCCUCUGGAAGCUCCGCAGCUGCAGCUUCGUCUUCCGCCGCCAAAACUUCUGGUGCCGCUGAUAAAAUCCAGAUCGGGUCGAUCAAGGGUUUGGCAGGCGCAGCUGUCGGCGUCCUCGGAAUGAUCGUUGGAGGCCUCGCCAUUCUUUAAAAGAGGAACGAAGAGACAACACAAGGUCACCACGCUCUCUGCAGGACGCCACUACCUUGCUCACAAGACAUCACCUCCAUGCCUCGGUCUACCUUUUCAUGUUUAUUAUUCCGGAGACUCUCUCUCUCUCUGUGUGAACACCAAGCCUCAGAAAUACCAACCUAUCCGUAAUGCCAUUUCCCUAUCUUAUUUUCGCCUUCCUUAUGCAUUCUUCUAUCAGCUA